GUACUUGGCUCUCCCCUCCCUAAUUAAACAAGAAAGGAGGUCCAAAGGCUCUAGAGGUCCUCAACCUAUUGUGAUCUUCAAGGGACAAACAUUCCUGGGGUGUCACAGGAUUCAGUGCGGGGGAUUGAACCCAGGGCCUCGUGCAAGACAAACCCUUGCCAUACACCCUCAGAACCAAACCAGGGCUAUCAACUCCAUCUCUCCAGAGGCCUGACUGGCGCUGCUCAAAGGCAAUAAUUAACAACUGAGUGUCCUUCGCUCAGUCUCAGCCUCCAUUCCUGGGCUUCCUUCCCACUGCCUGCUCCACAGCCCCCGUCUCCUAGGCCACUAAACCUCAGCAGUCUCCAGGAAUGAAAGCAAAAGAAGCCCAGAGCAGAGCGAAAGCCUGAACCAGUCUUGAGAGCUGCUUCCGUUCCCAGGAGCUGAAGAAGACACACCUGACGCUCCAGUAGGACUGACUUCCCUGGCCUGGGCUUGGAGAACAGAGGUCUGCCAUGGCUCAUCUGAUGACAGCACAGUUGUUGCUCCUGCUGAUCUGGGUGACCGAGUGUGCCCGGGUCAGAACUGAACUGCUCAAUGUUUGCAUGGAUGCCAAGCACCACAAAGAGAAACCAGGCCCCGAGGACAAUUUACACAACCAGUGCAGUCCCUGGAAGAGGAAUUCCUGCUGCACCGCCAACACAAGCCGGGAAGCUCAUGAGGACAUUUCCUACCUGUACCGAUUCAACUGGGACCACUGUGGGAAGAUGACAUCGACAUGCAAGCGACACUUUAUCCAGGACACCUGCCUCUAUGAGUGUUCUCCUAACUUGGGGCCAUGGACCCAGCAGGUGGACCAGAGCUGGCGCAAAGAGCGAAUCCUUGAUGUCCCCCUGUGCAGAGAGGACUGUCAGCAAUGGUGGGAGGAUUGCCGCACCUCUCUCACCUGCAAGAGCAACUGGCACAAGGGGUGGAACUGGACCUCCGGGUAUAACCAGUGCCCUGUGGGGGCCUCCUGCCGGCCCUUCACCUUCUAUUUCCCUACACCUGCUACUCUGUGUGAGGAAAUCUGGAGCCACUCCUACAAACUCAGCAACUACAGCAGAGGGAGCGGCCGCUGCAUCCAGAUGUGGUUCGACCCAGCCCAAGGCAACCCUAAUGAGGAGGUGGCGAGGUUCUACGCCGAGGCUAUGAGUGGAGCUGAGCUUCACAGGGCCUGGCCACUAGUGUGCAGCCUGUCCUUAAUGCUGUUCUGGGUGUUCAGCUGAGUCCAUUCCUCUUCAGAUGCCUGGGGAGCUCCCUGCUUGGCUUAGCCUCUCACCUCCUAGCCUCCUUUGUGGUGGGACCUCUGACAGCCUGCUUAAAUAAACCAGACAUUCAAAAUCUGUCUUA